UCAAAGCUCGACAGCCUCGUCUCUUUGCUGCAUCAAAGCCGAAGAAUGGCAGUAAAAUAGGUGGAGUGAUGAGGGACUUUGGGCCAGCAGAGCUGGUCACUGGCCUCUGUCACACAGAUGAGCUGGACCCGUUUCCUGUGUGGCAGAAUGGGCAGAUCAGCCCCUGUUUCAACCAGCUCGUACUUGGAGCACUACCACAUGCUGGGAUGGCUGUUUUCAGUGCCUGCUACCUGGGCAUGGCAAGGUUCAGUCACUUCCACUCAUCUCCUCCCUGUGGUUGGACGCUCCGGCUGGUGUCGGCUCUGCUGGCAGUGCUGUUCUUCACCGCAGAUGUCAUCGUGGUGAGCCUCCUCCGGCAGGCUGACAUGUACCUGGACGUCCUGGCUGACGGCUGUGCCAUUCUGGCCUGGAUAGUUCACUUUAGCGCCAUUGCUGUGUUGCAGAGGACAGCGUUCAGGAGGACCAGAGGACCUCUGCUGCUGCUGCUGCUGGUUCUCCUGUCUGUCCCAAACCUGGUCAUCACCCUGAUGGUUUACUGUAACACUGAAGGAUAUUUGGACCUUACAGAGCCUCUCAAAGUCACACGGUUUGCGCUCGCCUCCGCUAGGACCCUCCCUCUUCUAAUUUACCUUUUUGCAUUUAUAUUUCCGUGUAUCAGUGAUGCUGGGUACACCUUGUAUGUAAAUGCUGUGGAUGGAUCCUCACUGAUUCCAGGGAGCUCACAGCCUGAUACAGGUGAGAUGGUGGCUGAAGACGGCAGCGGCUGCGUCUCUCGUCUUUUCUACCUGUGGCUGACUCCUCUGCUCAGACGAGGGCAGCGAGGAGAGCUCGACAAACCAAGUGACGUUUAUCAUCUUCCCUGGAAGCUGCGCACUAGUGUCAUCUGCCGGUACUUCAGCCAGUGCUGGGAAUCGUGUCGAGGUGGACCGGGGGUCAGAACCAGGGAGGACCAGUGGCCCAGGCCGGUCAGUAGAAACCUCCUGAAUGGCACAUGGAGCUCACACUAUCAGGAAGACAUGCUGGAGCUGGAGGGGGACGUGGGUCUCCUGAGGGUCCUGCACAAGGCCUUCGGGUUAUGGUAUUAUAUGCUCGGCCUGUUGAAAGUGUCGGUCAACCUGUUGAGCUUUGCGGGUCCACUCCUUCUCAGCAGUCUGGUGAACUUUAUGGAGGAGGAGGGGGCUCCUGUCAGUUGGGGGGCGUGGUGCGCCUUUGGACUGUUUGCCACCACCCUUCUCACUGCUGUCCUCAGGAACAUCUUCAUCUUCCAGGUGUCCAAGGUGUCGCUGUCAGCACGCGCCGCCCUUAUCUCAGCCAUCUACAGUAAAGCCCUGCGGGUCAGCGGCUGCAGCCUGUCCAGCUGCGCUCUGGGAGAAGUGGUGAACCUGAUGAGCACGGACACCGACCGCGUGGUCAACUUCUUCAACAGUUUCCAUGAGCUGUGGAGCAUGCCCUUCAGGUUUUCUGUCACCCUUUACCUGCUUUAUCUGCAGGUAGGCGUGGCUUUCCUGGGAGGGCUGGGUGUGGCACUGCUGCUGGUGCCAUUCAACAAGUUCCUUGCUUCCCGUAUCCUUAGCAACAACAAACUGAUGCUACUGCACAAGGACAGCCGUGUAAAGCUCAUGACAGAGAUCCUCUUUGGUAUUCGCGUCAUCAAAUUCUACAACUGGGAGUCUCACUUCACUCAGAAGGUCGCUCACUCCCGAAAACAAGAGCUGUCCCACCUCAAAGCCAUCAAGUACCUGGAUGCCCUGUGCGUGUACACCUGGGCGGCUCUGCCUGUGGUCAUCUCCAUCCUCACCUUCGUCACAUAUGUGCUUCUGGGACAUCAGCUGACUGCAGCCAAGGUUUUCACCACACUGGCUCUAGUGGGAAUGUUGAUUAUCCCACUUAAUUCUUUCCCCUGGGUCCUCAAUGGCAUCCUGGAGGCCAAAGUGUCUCUGGAACGAAUCCAGCGCUUCUUCAAACUGAGCAACCAGGAUCUGCAGGCUUACUACGCCCUGGUGUCUCCUGAAGACAGUCAAACAUCCAUCCUAUUGAACCAGGCAACGUUUUCCUGGCAGAGACCCGACCAAUGCGAAGACAGAGAAACUGAAAGAGGACAGGCCAGAGGCAGUCUGCUCAUCCACAGUCUGAAUCUACACAUAACAAAGGGCUCCCUGGUUGUCGUAGUGGGGAAGGUUGGCUGUGGAAAGAGCUCUUUACUGGCUGCUCUCACCGGAGAACUCAACAGACAGGGUGGGCUUGUGUUUGUUGCAGACAGAGAAGCCGGUUUUGGCCUGGCCUCUCAGGAGCCGUGGAUCCAACACGCUUCAGUACGGGACAACAUCCUGUUUGGCAAAGACUACGAUCCCACCUUCUACCAGGCUGUGAUCGAAGCCUGUGCUCUACUAGAUGAUCUAAAUGUUUUGCCAAAUGGUGAUAAGACAGAAGUGGGAGAGAAUGGAGUGACUCUGAGUGGAGGUCAGAAGGCUCGGCUCGCUCUGGCCAGAGCUGUUUACAUGGAUAAAGACAUCUACCUCCUCGAUGACCCACUGGCAGCUGUUGAUACUGACGUGGCUGAACACCUCAUGCAGAAAUGCAUUAUGGAACUCCUCAAGGAAAAGACCAGAAUCCUUUGCACUCACCGCAUAGAGUUUGUGAACAAAGCAGACAUGGUUGUGCUCAUGGAGAACGGGACAAUCAUCAGAACAGGCACACCAGCAGAAAUCCUUCCUUUGGUUGAAGUAUCACCAAAGAAACGGAAGAAUGACGACAACAGGAGAGAGAAAGCAGAUGGUGUGGAGCUGGAGGAAGGGGCUGAGCAGGGAUCACUGACUGACCUGUGUGUGAAUGAGGAUGGCGGCCCUUCGGGGGCAGAGCAGAAGCAAGUGGGUGGGUUGGCGUGGAAAGUUUACCAGACCUACUGGGUUUCUGUGGGUCGAGUGCUGGCUCCCUCCAUCCUGAUGUCUCUGCUCCUCAUGCAAGCCACUAAGAACCUGUCCGACUGGUGGCUGUCCCACUGGGUUUCAGAGCUUAAAAACAACGGCUCCUCUGUCACCAACGGUUCCUCAUCAGGUGUCUUCAGUUCACCUCACCUGCUUCUCUUCUCACCUGGAGGAUUGAUGUCUCCUCUGUCCUCUCUGCAAACAUCUCCAUUAAACAACAAGAGUUCAGAUGUCAGGUUUUACCUGAUGGUGUACGGCUCCAUUGCUGUCGCCAACACUAUCUUCACCGCGCUCCGAGCCUUCCUCUUCGCCUACGGGACCAUCUGCGCCGCCACCAUCAUCCACAACAGACUUCUGGACCGGGUCUUCAAGGCUACAGUGAGUUUCUUCGACACCACGCCACUGGGUCGGAUCCUCAACCGUUUUUCCUCAGACCUGUACAGUGUGGACGACAGCCUGCCGUUCAUCCUGAACAUCCUGCUGGCCAACAUUUUUGGCCUCCUGGGAAUGCUGGUGGUGAUCAGUUAUGGCCUGCCCUGGGUCCUAGUGCCCCUACUUCCUCUGGCUGUGCUCUACUACAGGAUUCAGCAGUUUUACCGACACACCUCCAGGGAACUGAAGCGCCUGUACAGCCUCACCCUGUCACCAGUUUACUCGCACUUUUCUGAAACACUGACCGGACUGGGAACCAUCCGGGCCAGUAGCAACUCCACCAGGUUCAAGGAGGAGAGUGCCAGGCGACUGGAGCAGAACCAGCGCUGCCUGUUUCUUAGUAACGCUGCCAGUCAAUGGCUGAACAUUCGCCUUCAGCUGAUUGGUGUUGCCGUAGUGACGGGGCUUGGGGUGAUCGCUGUCAUCCAGCACCAGUUUAACUCUGUCGAUCCAGGUCUGGUGGGUUUGUCCCUGUCCUACGCUCUCUCCAUCACCAUGCUGCUGUCUGGCCUCAUAUUCACCUUCACUCAGACAGAGAUGCAGCUGGUGAGCGUGGAGCGAACUGAGGAGUACUCGACAGAUCUGCCCACUGAGCCUCAGCACCACAACGCACAGCUGUCCUCUGUGUGGCCCGAGCAGGGCUGGCUGGAGUUCAGAGAUGUGGUUUUGGCGUACAGGGCCAGUCUCCCUAACGCCCUGGACGGGGUGAGUCUGGUAGUGCGGCCCGGUGAGAAGGUAGGCAUCGUGGGACGCACAGGCUCCGGGAAAUCCACCCUGUUUCUGGCCUUGUUUCGUAUGGUGGAGCUGAACCAGGGUCAGAUUCUCCUGGAUGGGUUGGACAUCAGCACCGUGGGCCUGGCUCAGCUCCGGUCCAGGUUGGCAAUUAUUCCUCAGGACCCUUUCCUGUUCAGCGGGACCAUCAGGGAGAAUCUGGACCCCUGUGGGCGACACCAAGACCAGGAGCUGCUGGAAGUCCUGGACCAGUGCCAUCUGAGCUCUGUGGUCAACAGGAUGGGUGGUCUGGAUGCUGAGGUGGGAGAGAGAGGAAAAACCUUCUCCAUGGGUCAGAGACAGCUGCUCUGUCUGGCCAGAGCUCUGCUGACUCAAGCCAAGAUUUUAUGUAUCGACGAAGCCACAGCCAGUGUGGAUCAGAAGACGGACCAACUGCUGCAGCAGACCAUCAGAGAAACAUUUCAGGAUAAGACGGUCCUCACCAUCGCACACAGGAUUAACACCAUCAUGGACUGUGACCGGGUGCUGGUGAUGCAUGCUGGGAAGGUGGUGGAGUUCGACACCCCAGCCUCUCUCUGUCAAACCGACAACUCCAUCUUCCACAGACUGGUUAGAGGCAGAGAAGAAACAGAUGCCUAAAGACACUGGAGGGGGGAAUUAUGGGAAAUCUGAAGAUAUUUUAUGUUUUGAGGUCACUGUGCAUCAGUUGAACGAAGCUCAAACUGUGACGCGAGCAGCAGGUUGUGGAGAAAAUGGGAGUUUACCAUAAGUUUAUAUGAUGCAGGAUCAAAUGCAUUUUCCCGACAUUAUUAUUUAAUCAGAGUUUAUUUAGAUUAAAGUUCCCUUAGGUUUCGAUCUUUUGGCUCUCUGUGAAUUUGCACAUGUUGAUGUUCACUCAGAAUUUUAUCUUUUGAUGUAAAAUCUGGGUUUGAGGAAUGCACUUGCAUGUAUGUCACAAAUAUGUUGGAUGUAAAGCAGUUCCUUUUAAUCAUUUUCAACUUCUUUUGUCACUUUUUUGGAGGAAGAGGCUCAUCAGCAAUCACUGCUGAUCCUUCGCUUGAGUCCAGUCAUAUUAGAAUCAAACUAAAAAUAUUCCUUACUGAUGAAUUUGCACAAAUGUACAAAAAAGUCUUUUUUUGGAACUGUCAAAUUGCUUUAUUAAUCCAAUUUCUUUAUCAUGCUAGAUAUUCAGAAAAACUUCAUUAAUCUACAGAAGAAAAUUCAUUAUCCAUCAAGAAAAGGCAGCAAAACAAAGAUUAAAUAAGUAAAAUAGAAAAACCUACUAAAUAUGGAUCCUCUUUCUUGUUCAUCACUGUUAAACUGUAUUGAUAAGUAUUAUUGAUAAGUAUAUAAGUAUUGAUGGACACAUGUUUUAAGUAUUAUUUUAAGGCUCUUGAGGAGGCUGAGCUCCAUAAAUCUCUGAUCUUAUUUCCUGCUGCUUUUGUCACACUUGAACACAACAGAUUCAUCACGUUUGAAGACGUACGUAUGUGGAGCAAAGAGACGGGGAGUGCCUUGCUCAAGGGCGCUGCCUUGGACUCUAAAGUGAUGACACAGAGACCUCAGUUUCUUUCUGCUUGCUGAUUUUAAUACUGAUCUGGUAUUUAUUAUCCCUUUAGAUGAUGGUUCAGUGGAAAACGUCACUCAUUGUAUCACUAUGAUCGUUUCUGUUUUGACUGUGAAGAACAUAUUUCCUUCGUACAGUUUUGUACAAAAAAAAUGCAAUUUCUGUAGAAACUCUCAACAUUUGCAUUUGGACAAAAUGAGGCAAACACCUUAAUCUACCUCUGCUUGUUUUAAAGAAAUUACAAGGUCAGGGCUGAAACUCAAAGAUAGCACUGAUUUAUAGAUGAAUAAUUUCAGAUUUUUAAUGACCACAUGCAGCAAGAUAAAAGAAUGAGAAAGGAAAAUAAGUUUGAGCCAAUAUUUAGGGUCAGGGUAACCUUUAAUUUAAAUGCAAUAAACCAGUUCAGAAAUCAUUACAGGUUACAAAUAUGUGUAUUUUUAAUUGAAUGUACUUGUUUAAUUGUUUUCUGUUUAAUGAGAUGAAGUUUGUCGAUAAUUCUCAUGGUCACUUGUUCCUGAAUAGUUUUUUACUUCUGAAUUUGUGUUACUCGUUGAACUUUGUGUUUUCAUUGUCUGUGUUUUUAAUCAGAAUAGAAGGAUUUUUGUGAGCAUUUUGUAAUGGAGAAAGAGACUUUUUUGAAUAAGGGAAUAUUUUUCUAAUUAAGGGCUUCACAUUUUGUCACGAGGAGGAUUCAAACUGUCAGCUCCAUGUGUUCAUCCUCUUCUGCUGUUUUUUUAUAAUUUGGAGCUUUGCUGUCAAAUUUAUUUACAUGUUACAUGUUAUUUACAUAUUUUCUCAGACUUUUAUUGGGUCAAAGUGUUUAAAAAUAACUUUUAAAUCUUGAUUCCAUGAGGGAAAGAAGUCAAUUAGUGAGUCAAUUUUCAAUAAAUAAUCACAUUUUGGUUAAAACUGCAGCAUGAGUUGAUUCAGAUUCAACAGUGAACAUUAUUCACAUGAACUGUUUCAGUU